ACGCCCCCCGCACGUAAGUGCCGCGGACCCGGAAGCGGGUGUCGGGAGCAGAGGGCCCCUCGGUGGGUGCGGUCCUGGACGCUGCUCGCGCUCUUCGGCCCCGCCCCACCCCUUGCUUCACCCCGGGGCCCGAGUCCCUGCCGACGUCACAGACCCGCCCUCGCGCCGCUGGCCCGGGGCUCCCUGACACUCGCGAAGCCCGGAGCUCCGCUGCCGGGUUCGAGUCGCAUCCAUUUCCGGAUCCGAGGCCAUCCUGGUCCGAUCUUCCGGCCUGUGGUCUCUUCACGGGGUCCCGCCCCGACCCGCGCCGUGUCAGGUCCCCACUCGCAACGUGCGCUCUCGCCCUCUGUGCCUCUCGGGGCCGCACGGGACUCCGCGCCCUCCGGCGGCUCCAGGAAUCCGCAGACCCCCGUCUUCUCCAGAAGCGGCCCGGCCCGCCACUCGCUCCCCUCGGCGGUCACCGCCUCACACACCUGUCCCAGGGAGAUGUUGGUGUUCAUGGAUUUGUAAAGAAUUGAUUUGUCUGCAGAUACUGAGUGUUCCUCCUCUUUGGGGUCUGCCUAAUUUCCUGAUUUUAUCUUGAUUGGGACCCACUUAGUCAGAUGCUGUCCUUUUGAUUAAAACACUGAUGAGAUUAUCAACAGCAUUAAAAGAGAAUUCAUCAAAAUGAUGCAUUUUCUGGAAAGAGAAAGAUGCUCUGAACUCUGGGAUGUUGUGGCGGUGUCCUCAGUGAAUAUUUGGCUUUACUGGGUUUUCCGUCUGUUUGGUUCUGCUCUGCUUCCUGUUGCUUGGACUGUGUGUAAGUGAAAACCCAGAAGACAGUUGGCAGCUGAACUAGUUACAAUGGAAUCUCAGGAAUCAGUGACCUUCAAAGAUGUAGCUGUGGACUUCACCCAGGAAGAGUGGGCCCUCCUGGACACCUCCCAGAGAAUGCUGUUCAGAGAUGUGAUGCUGGAGAACAUCAGUCAUCUGGUCUCAGUUGGUAAUCAGCUUUACAAAUCAGAUGUGAUUUCCCAUUUGAAGCAAGGAGAGCAACUUUCAAGAGAAGGGUUAGGCUUCCUGCAAGGUCAGAGUCCAGUCAUUUCAGAUAGAAAAGAUGGUCCGAAAAAACAGGAAAUGUUAUCUGUGCAGCAUAUCUGCAAGAAGGACGCACGUCUAAUUAGUGCAAUGCAGUGGUCUCACGCUCAAGAGGAUCCUUUGGAAUGCAACAAUUUCAGAGAAAAAUUUACUGAAAUCUUACCAUUGACUCAGUAUGUAAUACCUCAAGUGGGAAAGAAACCCUUUAUUAGCCAAGAUGUUGGAAAAGCCAUCAGUCACUUGCCAUCCUUUAAUAUACAGAAGCAGAUUCGUUCUAGAAGUAAAUCAUAUGAAUGUCAUCAAAAAAGGAAUACCUUUAUUCAAAGUUCUGCCCAUAGACAACACAAUAAUACUCAGACUGGAGAAAAAACAUUUGAAUGUCAUGUAUGUAAGAAAGCCUUCGGUAAAAGUUCUAACCUUAGACGACAUGAGAUGAUUCACACUGGAGUGAAACCACAUGGAUGUCAUCUUUGUGGAAAAUCUUUCACUCAUUGUUCUGACCUUAGAAAACAUGAAAGAAUUCACACUGGAGAGAAAUUAUAUGGAUGUCAUCUGUGUGGCAAAGCCUUCAGUAAAAGUUAUAAUCUUAGGCGACAUGAGGUGAUUCACACCAAAGAGAAACCAAAUGAAUGUCAUCUGUGUGGGAAAGCCUUUGCUCAUUGUUCUGACCUUAGAAAACAUGAGAGAACUCACUUUGGGGAGAAACCAUAUGGAUGCCACCUGUGUGGGAAGACUUUCAGUAAAACUUCUUACCUUAGACAACAUGAGAGAACUCACAACGGAGAGAAACCGUAUGGAUGUCAUCUAUGUGGGAAGGCCUUCACUCAUUGUUCUCACCUUAGAAAACAUGAGAGAACUCACACUGGAGAGAAGCCAUAUGAAUGCCAUCUAUGUGGAAAAGCCUUCACUGAAUCUUCUGUCCUUAGACGACAUGAGAGAACUCACACUGGAGAGAAGCCAUAUGAAUGUCACCUGUGUUGGAAAGCCUUCACUGAUUCUUCUGUCCUUAAACGACACCAAAGAACUCACACUGGAGAGAAACCAUAUGAAUGUCACCUAUGUGGGAAAACCUUCAAUCACUCUUCUGUCCUUAGACGACAUGAAAGAACUCACACGGGUGAGAAACCAUAUGAAUGCAAUAUAUGUGGUAAAGCCUUCAAUAGGAGUUAUAACUUUAGAUUGCAUAAGAGAAUUCACACUGGAGAGAAACCAUAUAAAUGUUACCUAUGUGGAAAAGCCUUCAGUAAAUAUUUUAACCUCAGACAACACGAGAACUCAUGCUAUAAAGGUAAUAAAUGAAGAUUCACCACCCAUACCUUCAAAGUAUAAACACUCUUGAGGACUCACACAAUGAAGAAAUACUAUGUUUAUUUUCAAUGUAUAAGAGUCUUUAUCAUCCUUAUUAAUUAACUAGAGUUAAUGCGCAGUAGGCAGAAUCCAUAUGUAUGUCACCUGUGUAACAAAACCUUUAGCAGUGGACUCAUGGGAGAACAAACUGUAAAUGGAAUGAAUGUGGAGGAAUCUUCAUCCUCAGCUGUAACUGUUAAAUGGAUAAAUCACAUUUCAGAGAAGUUCCAAUAAUAUAUCUGUAAUUAGUGUAGAAAUACCUUUGGUUAUAAGUUAUCCUUUAAAUAAGUAAACCACAGAGGAGAGAAACUAGACCUGUAACCACUGUGCACUUGUUUAACUUAGCACCACUCUUGGCACGCAUCUGAAGAUUCGGUGUCAGGCAACUGCUAGUGGAAACAAACUAGGACAUGAAAAAUAUGGAAGGCAUUUGGAGUGUCCCCUUCUGGAAUGCUUGACGUACAUAAACUAAUUCAUGUAAUGACAAAAGUGCUGCCCCUCCUAGUGAUGCAUGAAACACCCAGAAAGCAGGGAGAGCAGAAGCAGCCAUGGUCCCCUGAUCUUGCCCAUGUUGCCCUGUCAACAGCCAUGAAUCCACAGAUCCCCAACUGGGAGUGAGACCCAGGAGUUCCAGCCCCUUCCAUACACAAACAGAAGGCUCAGAGAGGGGAAGGUGGAGCUUCCUUCCGCCAGGGUAACGAGAAGGCCUGGGCCUUGGUACCCAUUUGAACAUGUCUAUUACCUAUGUUUCACAGGUGGCAAAACUGAGAACACAGAUGUUUGUAAUUAAUUUAUCCCAUGUUUUUCUGGGACAUACAUAUGGACUCGAAGGGAUGGAAAACAUACUCCACAUAAAUGGAAAUCAUAAGAGCAGAGGUAGCCAUGUUUACAUCAGACGGACUAAUUCAAAACUGAGUUCAUCAAGAGGAUAUGUAACAUUUGUAAAUAUGUCAUACAAUAUAACACCCGGACUAAAGUGCAGAAAAUACCUUAUAGUGAUCAAAUAGAGGAAGCAUUCCAAAAUAAAGGGAGAUAAGAUGAAGGAAAGAUUUGUAUUUUAUUUUAUUGUAUAAAAAAUAUAAGAUGAAUCAGAGUGCCCGUGUUCAUGUAUGUAUGUGUGUGUGCACAAUAAAACUACAGAAUAUAAAACAGUAUGUGAAGUUACAUGAAAAAUUGGUCAAGUAGGAAAGUUAAUUUACAUGUCAAAUAAAAUGCAUUAAUAAAUUUUAUUCAGUCAUCAGUGACAUGGAAAGAGGAAAACCAUAUCAUCUUUUCACAUGCAUAAAAAGUAAUGUAGUGUAAAGUCCUGUUUAAAGCUGAGUGAAAAGCCCACCUCCUGGUUGUGGAUGAGAAUAAGCUUGAGGCAGGGGGUAGCUUACCGAUUCGAUGGACAUGAACUUGGGCCAACUCCAGGAGAUGGUGAGGAGACAGGAAACCUGGCAUGCUGCAGUCCAUGGGGUCCCAAAGAGUCUUGACACAACUUGGCGACUAACAACAAAGCUUGCCAAACUGUAUCAAAAUAUGAAUACAGCCUAGUUUGAAUCAGCAAAUGAACUCCAACUUGCCCAAAGUAGAGGAAAACUUAGACAUCUGCAGAUAAAUCAUUCUGCUCGGAAAUGGCCACUAAGAAUUCCUUACGAAAAGAGUGUAUCUUGAGAUGGACGAGGGCUCAGGGAAGGCCAUGAGUGACUGAGCAGAUGUGUGAGGCAAGAUACAGGAGAGAGAUUAGCAGGCCCUGGGGAAAAAGGACACUUUAGGAAGAGAACACACCAACCAAAA